GGAUGAUGGACGCGUCACUCCUCACCUGACGGGACACGGAUCCUAUCUCCUCGCUUCAGAUUUUGGUUUUUGGACAGCUGAAGUGAACUUUUCAGCCCCCCCCCCCCCCCCUCACAUCCCCCCCUCAAUGAUGCGACGCGCUGAGUGAUUUAUUCUGUGUGGUUCGGGCUCUCUGGACAUCAUGUGGACUCCGACUGAGGACGAGAAGAUCGGAGUGGUGAUCUGCACCUUCAGGGGCUCCGUGGCUCAGGGUCUGGCUCUGGAGGUCGGGGAGACGGUCCAGAUCCUGGAGAAAUGUGAAGGCUGGUACAGAGGGUUCUCCACCAGGAAGCCAAACGUCAAGGGAGUCUUCCCAGCCAGCUACGUCCACCUGAAGAAGGCCGUCAUCACCAACAGAGGGCCUCAUGAGACCGUGGUUCCUCUGGAGGACCCCACUUUGACCGAGGUGUCGUCCACACUGCAGGAGUGGGCCUUACUAUGGAAGCAGCUCUACGUGAAACACAAGGUGGAUCUGUUCUACAAGGUGCGCCACGUGAUGAUGGAGCUGAUCGACCUGAGGAGGCAGCUCCUCUCGGGUCACCUGACGCAGGACCAGAGCCGAGACGUCAAGAGACACGUCACGGUGCGCCUGGACUGGGGCAACGAACAUCUGGGUCUGGACUUGGUUCCCAGGAAGGAGUUCGACAUGGUGGAUGAAGACCACAUCAGCGUGUCAGAUCUUUAUAAGAUGCAUCUGUCCAGCAGACACAGUGUUCAACAAAGUACCACACAGGGGGACGGCACGCGGCAGCGGCACGGAGAGCCUUGCAGGGUCCCGGUUCCUCACCAUCUGCUGGUCAACCUGAAGAGCUUCACCUACAACAGCAUCGGAGAAGACACCGACAUCUUCUUCUCCCUGUACGACCUGAGAGAAGCCAAGACCAUCAGUGAGAAGUUCUUGGUGCGGCUGAACAAGAACGGAGCCCCGAGGAACCCGGAGAAGGUGGAGAGGCUGUGUGCGCUGUUCACGGACCUGAGUAACAAAGACAUGAAGAGAGAUCUCUACAUCGUGUCUCACGUCAUCAGAACAGGCCGCAUGCUGCUCAAUGACAGUAAGAAGGGCCCCCCCCUCGUCCAGUACCGGCGGCCCUACGGCUGCGCUGUCCUCGCCAUGAGCGACGUGCUGCAGACCAUCGCCGAGCUCAAGGAGGAGAAGGACUUUGUCCUGAAGGUGUACACGUGCAACAACGAGAACGAGUGGUACCAGAUCCACGAGAACAUCAUCCGCAAGUCCAGCACCAAGUACACGGUGCCGAGCACCAGCUACGGUCUGAUCAUCUCCCUCCAGUUGUUGAGAGGCGACAUGGAUCAGGUCCGCAGAGAGAAUCCUCUCAUCUUCAGCAGAGGCGUGUCCAUGACGCGUAAGCUCGGCUUCCCCGAUGUCAUCAUGCCAGCAGGUGACGUCCGUAACGACCUGUACCUGACGCUGGAGCGCGGCGACUUUGAGAGAGGAGGGAAGAGCGUCCAGAAGAACAUCGAAGUGACCGUCUACGUCCUGUACGCCGACGGAGAGAUCCUCAAGGACUGCAUCAGUGUGGGUUCGGGCGAGCCCCAGGUGCCGGAGCACCGCUCCUUCGUGCUCUACCACAACAACAGCCCCCGCUGGAGCGAGGUCAUCAAGCUGCCCAUCCCCAUCGACCGCUUCAGAGGCUCCCACCUGCGCUUCGAGUUCCGCCACUGCUCCACGAAGGACAAAGGAGAGAAGAAGCUGUUUGGUUUCUCCUUCACUCCUCUGAUGAGGGAGGAUGGAACCACCCUCUCAGACGAGAGCCAUGAUCUCUACGUUUACAAGUGCGAUGAGAACACCACCUUCAGUAACCACGCCCUCUACCUGGGCAUGCCCUGCUGUAAGGAGGACUUCAACAGCUGCCCCAGCAUCCCCUCCAGCCUCAUUUUCCAGCGCAGCGCCAAGGAGAACUUCUGGAUCUCCACUCAGCUCUCCUCCACCAAGCUCACUCAGAACGUGGACCUGCUGGCCUUGCUGAAGUGGAAGGCCCAUCCAGAACGGGUCAUGGACAUCCUCGGCAGGUUGAGACAUGUCAGCGGAGAGGAGAUAGUAAAGUUUCUACAAGACAUUCUGGACACUUUGUUCUCCAUCCUGGACGACAACACGGACAAAUACGGACCUCUGGUGUUCCAGUCGUUGGUGUUUAUUAUAAACCUCCUCAGGGACAGUAAAUAUUACCACUUCAGGCCGGUGAUGGACAUGUACAUCCAGAAGCACUUUGCAGGCGCACUGGCUUACAAGGAGCUGAUCCGCUGUCUCAAGUGGUACAUGGACCGAUCCGCAGAGGUGGUCCGACAGGACCACAUACAGGAGGCCAUGAGGGCACUGGAGUAUCUCUUUAAGUUCAUCAUCCAGUCUCGGAUCCUUUACUCUCGGGCCACCUGCGGAAUGGAGGAGGAGCAGUUUCGCUCCAGCGUCCAGGAGCUCUUUCAGUCCAUCCGCUUCGUCCUCAGCCUGGACAGCCGCAACUCUGAGACCCUUAUUUUCACACAGGCCGCUCUGCUGAACUCGUUCCCAGCCAUCUUCGACGAGCUGCUGCAGAUGUUCACGGUGCAGGAAGUGGCGGAGUUUGUGCGCGGCACUCUGGGCAGCAUGCCGUCCACGGUGCACAUGGGACAGUCCAUGGACGUGGUCAAGCUGCAGUCCAUCGCCCGGACGGUGGACAGCAGGCUCUUCUCUUUCCCAGAGUCGCGGAGGGUCCUGCUCCCUGUGGUCCUGCAUCACAUCCAUCUGCAUCUCAGGCAGCAGAAGGAGCUGCUCAUCUGCUCUGGAAUUCUCAGCUCCAUAUUCUCUAUUAUCAAAAGCAGCUCAAUGGACACCUCGGUGCAGGAGGAGGUGGAGGUGAUGGUGGAGUCUCUGCUCGACGUCCUCCUGCAGACCCUGCUGUCCAUCAUGAGCAAAAGCCAAUCGCAGGAGGCGGUAAGGGGUCAACGCUGUCCGCAGUGCACCGCGGAGAUCACUGGAGAGUACGUGUCCUGCCUCCUGUCCCUCCUGCGCCAGAUGACCGACAUCCACUUCCAGCACCUGAUGGAGAACUUUCAGAGCAAAGAGGAGCUGAAGGAGUUCUUGUUAAAGAUUUUGUCUGUGUUCAGAAAUCUGAUGAAGCUCAGUAUAUUCCCUCGGGACUGGAACGUCAUGAGGCUGCUCACCAGCAACAUCAUCCUGACCACGGCUCAGUACCUCUCACCUGCUCUUCACAAGAACUUCACGGAGGCGGAGUUUGACUUUAAGGUGUGGAACUCCUACUUCAGUCUGGCCGUGCUGUACAUCAACCAGCCGAGUUUACAGCUGGAAAGCCUGAGUCCUGCCAAGAGGAAGAAGGUCUUAGACAAGUACGGAGACAUGAGGGUGAUGAUGACCUACGAACUCUUCAGCAUGUGGCAGAACCUCGGUGAGAACAAGAUCCACUUCAUCCCCGGUAUGAUCGGGCCCUUCCUGGGGGUGACUCUGGUGCCUCAAGUGGAGGUGAGAAACAUCAUGAUCCCUAUCUUCCAUGACAUGAUGGACUGGGAGCAGCGCAAGAACGGGAACUUCAAACAGGUGGAGGCGGAGCUUAUUGACAAGUUGGACAGUUUGGUGUCUGAGGGGAAAGGUGACGAGAACUACAGGGAGCUCUUCGGUCUGCUAACCCAGCUGUUUGGGCCCUACCCGAGUCUUUUGGAGAAAAUUGAGCAGGAGACGUGGAGGGAGACGGGCGUCUCCUUCGUCACCUCCGUCACCAGGUUGAUGGAGCGACUGCUCGACUACCGGGACUGCAUGAAGGGCGACGAGACGGAGAACAAGAAGAUCGGCUACACAGUGAACCUCCUGAAUUUCUACAAGUCUGAGAUCAACAAGGAGGAGAUGUACAUCCGCUACAUCCACAAGCUGUGUGACAUGCACCUGCAGGCGGAGAACUACACCGAGGCUGCCUUCACCCUGCUGCUGUACUGGGAGCUGCUGAACUGGGAGGAGAAGCUUCUGAAGGAGUUCCUGCAUUACCCCACCCAGACGGAGUGGAGCCGCAAGGAGGCGCUCAGCCGGAAGGUCAUCCACUACUUCAACAAGGGCAAGUGCUGGGAGUUCGGGGUUCCUCUCUGCAGGGAUCUGGCCUUUCAGUACGAGUCUCUGUACGACUACCAGAGUCUCAGCUGGAUCCGGAAGAUGGAGGCGGCGUACUACGAUAACAUCAUGGAGCAGCAGCGCCUGGAGCCCGAGUUCUUCAGGGUCGGCUUCUACGGCAGGAAGUUCCCCUUCUUCCUCAGGAACAAAGAGUUUGUCUGUCGCGGCCACGACUACGAGAGGCUGGAGGCCUUCCAGCAAAGGAUGCUGGGAGAAUUCCCCCAGGCCAUCGCGAUGCAGCACCCCAACCAGCCGGACGAGGCCAUCCUGCAGUGUGACUCCCAGUACCUCCAGAUCUACGCCGUGACCCCGGUGCCGGACAGCGUCGGCGUCCUCCAGAUGGACCGAGUCCCCGACCGCAUCAAGAGCUUCUACCGGGUUAACAACGUCCGGCGGUACCGGUACGACCGGCCCUUCCACAAAGGACCCAAAGACAGAGACAACGAGUUCAAGAGUCUCUGGAUCGAGAGGACGACCCUGGUCCUGACCCACCCUCUGCCGGGCAUCUCGCGCUGGUUCGAGGUGGAGAAGAGGGAGCUGGUGGAGGUGAGCCCGUUGGAGAACGCUGUCUCCGUGGUGGAGAACAAGAACCAGGAGCUGCGGACCCUGAUUAGCCAGUACCAGCACAAGCAGCUGCACGGCAACAUCAACCUGCUGAGCAUGACGCUCAACGGGGUCAUCGACGCCGCCGUCAACGGGGGGAUCGCCCGGUACCAGGAGGCUUUCUUCGAUAAGGAGUACAUCACCAGCCACCCUGAAGACACGGAGAAGAUCACGCAGCUCAAAGACCUGAUGCAGGAGCAGGUCCACGUGCUCGGGGUGGGCCUGGCCGUACACGAGAAGCUGGUGCACCCGGAGAUGCGUCCCCUCCACAAGAAGCUGAUUGAUCAGUUCCAGAUGAUGAGGAGCAGCCUCUGUCACGGUCUGCCGGGUCUAGAGAAGACCGGAUCAGGAGCCAGCAGAGGGAUCCUGACCCCCCACGGACCCAUGAGCCCCGAGAGCUUCAAGCUGCUGCACCGCCACAGUGAGUCAGGGCCCGUUGGCAGCCUUCUGAUCCUGGCUGACGGAGUCGUGAUGGAGCAUCCGGAGGACUUCUACCGCAUGCAGGCAAGCCCCUCCUCCUCCAGCCUCAGCUCCACCCACUCAGCGCCCUCUCAGAUGAUAAACUCCGCCCACUCCGGCUUCAGAGUCGGCUCGCCGUCUCUUCCCGACAAAUACCGCCACAACCGAGAGAUGCUGAUGCUGCUGCCGCCGCACCGCGACCGCCCGAGCAGCGCCGUGUACACCAACGUCAGCGACGGGCCGCCAACCAACCUCCAGCGAGCCCUGUUCCACCAGGUGAUUGGUCCGUGCAAACCCUGCAGCGACCCCAACCUGUCUGUGGCUGAGAAAGUGCUUACCACUCCCAGUAGCUGGAGCCUGGACAGUGGUACCAGAGAAGCCCUCCCCUUCCUGUCUGCACAUGUGGGCGGAGUCAUGGCGCCUCCAGUUCCUCCACGCAACCUUCCUCACGGCCAACACCUGUCGAUGCACUUUGACGCUUUCCACCACCAGGUCAGCGACCUCCCUCCAGCUCUCCCUGCGCGCUCCUUAAGAAAGUCCCCCCUGCACCCUAUACCUGCUUCGCCCACCAGUCCACAGUCCGUCCUGGAUGGCAGUAGCUCCACCCUGUCGGGCAGCGCCAGCUCCGGAGUCUCCUCCCUGGGCGAGAGCACCUUUGGCGGCGCCACCUCCUCCUCCGACCCCCCCGCCAGCCGCACAGACACCCUGGAGUCCGGCAGCCAGGCCUGGACCACCGACCCGCAGGACCUGGACUCGCCCUACCAGCCCGUCAAGUACGGCGCCUCCGAGGGGGGCGCGGCGCUGCCCCCGGCGGGAGUCCAGACCCUUUCCCACCCGGCACAGCAGCAGGACGGGCCGCCCCACCUCUACCACCUCCACCAGCACCUCCACCAGCACCACUUCCACCCGCUCUACCUCCCCCACAACCCGCCUCUCUACAGCCUCCACGAGCCCCCUCCAGCCCUGCCCCCCAAGCCCUACCUCAGAGAGGGGUGCAUCCCAGAGGAAGACCCCCAGUCCGCCCCCCCACCCGGGCCACGGCCCACGCCGCGCAAGAUCUCCCAGCCGCUCAUCGCGGCCACCAAGGAGGAGCAGGCCAAGGUGGCGUGGGAGCACGGCGUCAGCGCGGAGUGAGCGCCUUGAGGGACAGAGCUGAGGGGCGGGGCUUAUGCCAGCCCCGCCCCUCAGCUCUGUCACCGUGGUCCAACAUCCAAACCAAUCAAGAUGGAAGUUCUUAGGACAUGUUUUCUUCUGGCGAGCUCAGUCCCAUUCCUUUCGGUUAACGUCUGGACUUCUGGACUUGGAUCAGCAGCUUUAGAACCUGAAGAUGUUUCCACUGAAAAUGAAUUCUCAAUGCUUUGAUGAUGAUGAUUACGGAGCCGAUGAUGAUGUCACUGAAUCCUCAACGACCAAUCAAACGUUUUUUGUACAUGUAACACGACAUGUAGAAGUAUACGAUGCAUUUAUAUUUAAUCCUUUUUACGCGUGAGUGAAGGUAGAAAUAUGCAAGAUACUCGAUAUUUAAACAAAGAAAGGCGUUAAAAUAAUAAAUAUUCACUUUGAUUGCUAUUUUUUGAAGAAAGCGAUGCUGUACAUUUUGUACGUGUUUUCCACUGAAGGUUGCAGUACUUUAUGGUUCUUUGUGUGAAGAUGAAUCACUUUUUGGUUAUUUUUUACAAAUGUGAACCUUACGAUGAGUUACGAUGCGUUCAAGGACUCACGGAGCCAGUGACCUUUGACCUUUGUGGGAGGCUCAGGAUCUACGAUUCGCUGGAUGAAAGACGAGGCUUCUGAUCCGUUGGUUUCAUCUUAGUGUGGAUGAGGUACUGACGGCUACUUCCUGUUUGUCCCGACUUUACUCCCUUCACCUCUUUUUUUAUGUUCAUUUUGUUUAAAGGUUUUCUGGAACAGAGAAUAAAUAAUUGGCAUGAAUAUUUAACUUUUAGGUUAAACACCUGUUUUCAUCCAUCAACAAGACAGGAAGUUUAAGCCUUUUUCAGUUUCAGUUUUAUUUAUUACUAAUGUUUCAAUGUGGUUGAAUCUCAAAGUGGAGAACAAUUAUUUUGCUGGCCUUGUUGUUGUUGUUGUUGUUGUUGUGACCUCACAAGGAGCCGAUCACCCUAUCAGAGACCUGAGAGUAGAAACCUUCCUUCACACAGCUUAUAAUAUUCAUAUUUUAUUUGUUAGCUCACUGAUAUGCAUGGAGUGUGAACAGUGGGUUAGAACUCAACGUGAUGCUGAAGUGGAACGGUCCAAUCAGAAGGCGGCAUCUCAUGGGGGGGAACGUAGCUUCCAGAGAGUUGUGCCUAUUAAACGCUGUGUAAUCGUCUGUGAAAUAAGAAACUAUGCAAAGCCCCACGAGAGAGUCAUUUCAUAUCCAAUAACCAGCCGAUUGAUUGGAGGAUGAAGGGAGGGAGGCACGCUCUGAUUGGUCGGCUGUCACAAACUAAGAGCACUGAACGCCCUUUUUUAUUUCUGUUUUGUUUGUGAAGACGUAAAGAAGUAGAAGAAGUGUCCUCACGUGGAUGUGAAGGGAGAACUCUUGAUGAAGCUGAUGGAUGUUCCUGUGUAUUAAAGUCCUGGUGGAGUUAGCAUGGUUAUUAACUGUUUAACACUAGAUGUAAAUAUGCCCUUUGGUUUUCCCACUCACUAAAGAAACCUGCUGUGUUGUGGAUCCAUAAUUAAUGACAUUAAACAAUAUUGUUUUAUUGACUCA